UGAGCGGCGGCGGGGGCUCGCCGGCCUCCGCCCGGGUGGUGGUUGCCGAGGGGCGGGCUGCUUUCGGGACACGGCGUCGUGUUAGAACCCGCGAGACAGUCAGAAGAACUCAGGAUGAGUAAAAACAAUAACUUUGACAUUCAAAGUCCAUUCUGUGUUCUCUGUGGACGGACAGAUGACUGCCCUGAAAAGUAUGGAGAAAAAAGGACCUAUGGGGAAUACAAUCUCACUGUUCAUUAUUACUGUUUGUUGAUGUCAAGUGGCAUUUGGCAGAGAGGGGAAGAAAAUGAAGGUGUAGAUGGAUUCUUAAUCACAGAUAUUAGAAAAGAAGUAAAUAGAGCUGCAAAACUGAAAUGUAAUAUCUGUAAGAAAAAGGGUGCCUCGAUUGGAUGUGUAGCUCCCAAAUGCAAACGAAGUUACCAUUUUCCUUGUGGAAUACAAAAGGAGUGUAUUUUUCAGUUCAUGGAAGACUUCAGAUCUUACUGUUGGGAACAUAGACCAGUCCAAAAGUUUCCAGACAAAGAAUCUGGAGGAACAUCACAGUGUACAAUAUGCCUGGAUUUGGUUGAACAGCUUCCACUGUACACUGUACUGAAAAGUCCUUGCUGUAAAAAUGCUUGGUUUCAUCGAGAAUGCUUGCAGUAUCAAGCUUUGAGUGCUGGGAUAUUUUUCUUUAGGUGCACGGUAUGUAAUAACAAGGACAACUUUCAGAAAGAAAUGUUGAGAAUGGGCAUACACAUUCCAGAAAAGGAUGCAUCUUGGGAACUUGAAGAGAAUGCAUAUCAAGAACUACUGCAGUGUUAUCAGCACUGUGAUAUUAAAAGAUGUCUCUGCAAGAAAGGAAGAGACUAUAAUGAACCUGAUAGUAAAUGGGAAAUAAAGCGUUGUCAUUGUUGUGGCUCCCGUGGAACUCAUUUGGCCUGUUCAUCUAUGAAGUCAUGGGAGCAAAACUGGGAGUGCAUGGAAUGCAGAAGUAUCUUUGCAAAAUCAGGAAACUACAGCAAACAGAAGAAGCGUUCUUUGGCUACCUCUGAAAAGACAGAUGGGACAACUUGUUUGCUAGAAGAGCCAUCUCCAAAGUGCCCUCGGCUGUCACCUGGAUCUCAACGCAGUUUUCUCCAAUCACCUAAGAGAAUGUGCCAGAACAACUCAUUGCCCUGCACACACCUAGAACUUCCAGCGUCCAACAGAGUGAUGAUGUCUUUAUCUCCACUGAUGUCAGACAGAAACUGGUGCCUGAGGAAAAAGCAUUUAAGAAAGCAAAGAAGGGAAGCUUCUAAUAUACUGAAAGAGUUAAAUCUACAAGUUAAUACAAAAACUUCAAGGCUUCAUAUCAAUGAAGAAAAUAUCUGGAAUAGUGCUUUAAAAGGAUUUAGACAGCGCAACUUCAGUCCUACAAACACCAUUGAAAUAAAGUUCACAAACGUCAAAAACAGGUCAAAGACAGAUACUUCUGCUGCAUCAAAACACCAUUUCUUCCAGUUAUUAAUGCUUCACCUUCAGAAUUCAUCACUGUUUGAGGGCUCUUCUGCAAAGAACUUGUCCCUUGAUUUUGAAGCUGUAACAGAGGAUCAUUAUUUUGAAGCUGGUAAAAUGAUUGCAGUUUCUCUGGUUCACGGUGGCCCAUCUCCUGGUUUCUUUUCCAAAACACUGUUCAGUUGUCUUGUCCAUGGUCCAGAGAAUGUGAAACCAGUACUGGAAGAUGUUGUUGAUGUUGAUGUAGCACAAACAAUACAAAUGAUAAAACAUGCAAAUAGUCUGUCCAGCCUACAGUCUACAAUACACAACUGUUAUGAAUUCCUUGCUGCUUCUGGAUGUUUAAGACCUAUAACAGCUUUGUGUGAUAAGAAUAUGCUGGUGAAUGACAUAUUGUUCCAUCAUGUAAUCAAGAGAAUUAUUUCGCCAUUAGAAAGUUUUAGGCAAGGUUUGAAAACUCUUGGUGUGCUAGAGAAAAUGCAAAUGUAUCCAGAUGCAUUCUCUAGUAUAUUAUGCCACAAACCUGAAAGACUUUCAGCAGAAACCAUUUGUGAUCUCUUUACAAUCCAUUCCUCAUCAAAUGUAAAUAAAACUGGAGCUGUUAAUUUUUGGAUGGGUUACUUGCAAGAUGUAGAAAGUGGUGAGUCUGUAGUGACGUUGGAGGAUAUUCUGCUCUUCGUAACAGGCUCUUUUUCUAUACCACCUGUUGGUUUUGAUCCUGAACCUACUAUUAAAUUUUUGCAUAUAAAGUAUCCUGUUGGAAAGCGUCUCCUUAAUUGCUUAGAGCUCCCUAUAACGAAGUCAUACAAGCAGUUUAAAAACAAAAUGGAGGUCACCAUCAGAAACACACUAAGAGUUGAAAGAGAAUACUUUUGCUGAUAAAAUGGAUGUUGGAAACUUCACUUUUCUGCAGGAACGUCUGCUUGCAAAUCGCUACUGUAUUUUUGGACAGCAUGUUCUCAGCUUUUCCCACUUUUCCCAAAAAGGUAUGCUAAAAGUAGUAAUUCUGUAAGAUGGAAAACAAUGUUCAAAUGAAAAUACACUUUAUCUGUUGAAUCAUCUUCCUGUUUGAAGUUGGCUUUGAGUCUUUUGCAGAAGUACUUUAAAUGUCUACUUUUGCUGUAGACAUGUUACCAAACUCUGUAACAUUCUAGCUUUAUCCCACAGGUAAGUAUGUUGAUUGUAUUACAUACUUAAGUAACUUAUUUAUCAAAGUCAAAUCAGGUACAUUUUGAAGAUAACUGAUGUAGAGCUUUGUCUCAUGUAAAACUGAUGCAAUUCUUCAGUUGUUCCAUGUAUAUGUUUUUCAGUAAUUGUUUUUAUAUUGAUGAUUCCUACAAACCUAUGAAAGCUAAGAAACUUGGGAGUUUUAUAGUUAUUGAGAUUAGUGCAUUAAAUAUAAUUAAGAUCUGAAGAAAAUCUAGGCAAAAUAAUAAGAUGCAAGAGCAAAAUCUGUUUGAACUUGAGUUUGUUUUUUAAACAAUCUUUGACCUUUGCACACAUUUCUGCAUUCUACUGUUAUACAUUAGUUUUUAAUUAUCCAUAUAGCCAAAAUAGUAAAAACUAGGAGUCUUAAAUAUGCAACAAUAAGUGGGCUUUCAAAAUAAAAUAUGAGAGUUAGAUUUAAUGUUGUUGAGUAUGAAAAUGUAAGAAUUUGUUGCUCAUUAGAACAUGUUGCUUCAUCUUCCAUGGAAGUCAGUAUUUUCUGCACAUAGGAAUGUGCACUAAAACUGUUAAGCUUAAGGCAGUCUACUGUCAAGCUUGUCAGUGCCUGACACUUUUCUAGUUUUCAGUCUUAAACUCUUCAUGUUCACAUGGAGGUUCAUUCUGAGCAACUUCAACUGUAUAAAAUAUAUUUCAAUUCUGCAGUGUUUAUAGAAAUACCAUUAAGCUAUAAAAGAUCAGUAGUGAAAUUACUGUAAAACAUUAAUGUUACUAAAACUAUGAAACUAAAAGGAUACUUAAGUACAGAUUUUUUAAAUACAUGCAGGUGUCUCUUUUGAAAUUCCUAUUUACCCACUGUCAGUUUGACCAUCUAUACUAUGUCCCAAACAAAGGUUGUGAGAUAUAUACAUAUAUAGGUAGAUAUACAUCUGUGUAUAUCAAUAUAUAUCCACAUUCUUCAAAAUACUGAAAAGUAAUCAAAAAUAACUUGGUUUUUCUUGAAAAUAGAAGCAGUUAAUAGCAUUUACUUUUGAAUGCCUUGUCAAGAAAGUACAUUCACAGUUGUAAAUGGAUAGGUGCUUCUAAAAACAAAAAAAAAAAAAUCCAAAGUAAUCUUGUUUCAGUUUCUGGCUUAUGGUUUAUUGCAUGUAUUCCUCUAAUUGUAUUACUAAAUGUGUACUGCAACUCAAGUACUGUGGAAGUGGCAGUCAAGACUCCCUACAUUUGAGACCAUGCUAUAAAGGGUUAAAGACAAAGACUCAGUUGGGUAUUUCAGUUGUACAGUUCAUUUUAUAAUAUGCAGGUAUUUUGAAAUCUUAAACUGCUACAGCUUCUCUUUCUUGAUCUUGGGAGAGGUGCUAAUCUUCCUUAAUACAGUCCUAUUUCUGUCACUGGGUAACAAAAGCAUGUAUGCCACUGCUUUUUAAAUUUUUUUUUAGAAUUUCAAAGUCUGACUAUGUUAUUGUGCAAAACUUGGAUCAGGCAUUUCUCACUACUUUCAAAUAUAUAAACCAACCUAAUCAAAUUCUUGCCAUUAGAAAUUAAAGAAUAUUUGAAAUUAAGACAGGGCUAGUGGUAUUUUUCUGGUACUGAGCCAAAAGCAUAUUAAAGUCCCCUUUAAAAUAAAUAUAUGAGCUCUUGGAGAAUGUCAUCUGACUUAUUUAUAAACUAAUCAUUCUCUCAUUCUCUCCUGAUUUUUUUUCCAAUAAUAUUCCAUGUUUAUUGUCUUUGUAUAAUUUUUUAAUGUUAUACUGAUAGUAACUUCUUUAUAUUCUUACCUUUCAGAAUGGUCUGUUACCAUUGUAAGGAAUGUGGCUUAUUGAAAAUUUAUUUGCAUAAUAAGGAUUCACACUGUAUGUAUUUUUAAAAUAUAGCAGUGAGUCUCCUGCACAGAGUGUUGUGGUGUACCCAGUGCAGUAUUCGUUUUUCUUGCCUAGUUAGAGAUAAAUGUCUUCUAUAAUAUUAUUUUUCUGUAUGGUCAGUACAGAACUUACAGCAAGCAGUAUGGAUAAUUUUAAAGGAUAAUUCUUGGACUUCUGGUACCUGCAAUGGCAAGGGAAAUGGUUUAGAACUUGGAACUAAAUAAACUGCAUUUUAAAACCUUCAAUGGAGAAAGAAGUAAUAAGGUAAUGUGAAUAUAAUGCUUCAAAAAAUGUCUGAGAUAAAAAUAGGGUUCACACCUUUUACUGCUUAUUAGUUUUGAAUUUAGCAGUUGAUAGUUUUUAUAUAAAGGUAGAAUUAACCUGUUUGUCAGCUGUAAGAAAUGUUAACUUUAAAACUAUCUGCUGUACAAUGCUAUAUCAAAGCAUGAAAUUUGUAAAAUCCUCUAAUAUUGCUUGGAUUUUUCUUACGCUGAACUUGUUCCCAUUUUCUAAAACUGAUGUGUACAAAUUCAGGACAAGUUGUCUUUCCUUUCUUGUUGGUUGGUUUGAUCAACUCUAUGUAGACUUCUAACAUAAUCCUUGAUAUAUUCAAGUUGUAUUCUGAAGAAGUGCUACUCUGGAGAGGAACUUCCUCUCUUCUACUUAUUUUCAGCGUUUAUUUACAUAGACCAAUCUUAAAUUUAUUCUAACAUUCAUUAAAAUUCCAUUGAAGAAACUGACUUCCAGUCCAUCAAAACAUAGUAAGGUCUCUUCUGUCUGGAAGCCUUAAGAGAAUUUCUGUAGCUAUGAUGACCAUAAGGUUUUUAAUUGCUAUAGCAAGUCACUGAAGUUUAUAUUAGCAGAUAGUUUUCAUUUUACAUAAACUUUUAAUUUGAGGCACAUCUGGAAAUUAGGGAAGUUGUUUACUUUCAAUAUUUCUGUAACACAAGGAGAAUAACUGCAUAUACGUUAGCUGUUACGUAUUAAAUACAUCUUUAUGGAAGUUACAUCCUUCAUAAGAUUUGUCAGGCCGGCAGGACAACUAGUACAGUCCUCUUUGACUGUGUUUGGCCAAAGAACUUCACCCCACAGUUUCUGCAUCAAACCCCAGGCUUCCAUCUGGAAUUGGCACAUCAAAUAAACUAUUUAAUUUCUAGAGUGAUCAUUUUCUAGUAAACAAUAAUAGAUUAGUAUUAGUUAGUAUGGUCUUCUUCGUAAAGCACAUACAACUUUAAAAAAAAAAAAUAAAACAAACCCUCAAGUAUUUUUAGAUUGAUAUUUGAAAAAUGAAGGGAUAAGAAAUUUCUGUGACUUGCUUUCAGUCAUGUAAAGGAUGCUUCCUAGAAAAAGCUGCUAGCAUUUUUAACUGAUUCAUGAGUGAAAUAUGCUCAAAAGAAGAAUAACUAUAAAUUUAUGUUUAAGGCCUAAAUCAUCAUGUGCUGCAGCUUUGACUUUUCAUUAAGAUGUUCAGUGUUGUGAUUGGAAGACUUGAAAAUUUUGAGAGGCGUAUUUAAAAAUGGAGAGAAGAGUAUUAAGUCAUUAAUACACGCUCACAUUCUGUAUGUGCAUUUUGAAAAUCAUAUCCAAAAAAUUCUCAAUUGAAUAGAAGGAAAUGCAACUCCAAAGGCUAUGAAAUAUGCUUGUAAAAUUUAUCUUGAUUCUAUAUUAUAUGGUAAAGAAUUAUAAAACACAAGCUUUACUGGAUUCUACUUAAAGAAAUUGCUAGUUGGAUACAAGGAAAAAAUAAAAUGCAAAAACCUCUGAAACAUCAAACUUGUAUACAGAAAAUUGUCAAAAUAUUGUUUGUAAAAAAGCAAUCUUCUGAUUUUUGUAUUGCAUAAACAAUGUUUUUUAAACCUAUAGUAACUAGAAUAUUACACAAGGAAUUAAAAUUUUGUAAAUAGUUUUAGUUCUAACUUGAACUGCAGGAUCAGUGCCUGAAAUUUUGCAUCUUCAAGCAACAUUACCCUUGACAGGUGUAGCAUCAGUGUUGAAAUACGGGAAAUAACUGUCACGUAUAUGGUCAACGUGCAAUAAAGGGUUAAAUUUCUGUUGGAA